AUGGCACCUUCAGCGUGUGCAGCUUGUCGAUCACAGCGCAAAAAAGGCUCAGAUGAAUGUUUGUUGGCUCCUCAUUUUCCUUCGGAUGACCUUCAAAAGUUUGCGAUCGUGCAGAAAGUGUAUGGGUUCAGCCAUAUCGUCAAAAUGCUCAAAGAUGUUAAAGCUGAAGAAAGAGCAGAUGUAGUUAAGAGUUUGGUGUAUGAACCAACUGCCAGAGUGAAAGAUCCUGUUUAUGGGUGUACCAGAGAAAUCCAUCAACUGCAGAAGCGGAUUGCUGACCUGGAAUCCCUGCUGGUGUACACCCAAACAGAGCUCCUGGAUAUGCGUUUUGAUCAUGAGAAGCUUGUUUACUUUCCCACCAUUUGUGAGGAGGUGGAUCCAAUGCUGUCAUGUGACCCGCUUUGGGAAUUGCAAAUUUAA